UGUACUUUUUUUUUAUACAUAUCCUUUUAGCCUUAUAAAAUAAGUUGUUAUAAAAAGGUUACUCAAACUCCGCAAUUACUGUGUCUCACAAGCAUAGAAUGGGGUACUUUACAAAGCUAGAGUAAAAUAAUUGAAAAGGCAAGACAAAAAUAAACAUUUAAACACGGACAAACGAUAAGUCAUUCACAUGCUGUUAUUUAUAUAACUGGCGCGAGACUCGUUUAUACAAAAUUGGUUCGAAACACACUUGUCAUAACUUGCCACCAGUUUAAGACUGUUUAUUCUUUCACAAAAAACAAAACAUCUGUAACAGUUGCCUUUGAAUCUGAAGCAGGUCUCGAUAUUUCUACUUCUAUUAAAUUCCCUGUGGUACGAAAGCUUCGGCUCGCAUUGCGAUGAAGUGUCCGAGUGCCAAACUGAGGAACUUGAAAUCUAGCUUACGGUGAUCAUAAUAACAGAGGCACAUGAUGAUGCCCAACAAAGGUUGUCAUGAACUUCCAACAGCAAAGUGGAACGUCGCAUUAACAACUGUCCUGGGUCUGCUUAUUUCUUUUAUCGCGUGCUCUACAAACUUGUUAAUACUCCUAGCAAUAUACAAGAAGCCGGCUCUACGCUCUAUUACAAAUUAUUUUCUUGCUUCGCUGGCUGUCGGUGAUUUUUUUGUCGGGAUCGUUGCUCUGCCGCUCUGGAUCACACGAUCACUCUUAGUCGUCGACGAGGAACAUCCUCUGAGUAUUUCUGUGGACUGCGUUUACGUUUUGUCUGUUGCUAUCUCAACAUAUAAUUUGUGCACUGUCAGCUUAGAAAGAUAUGUUGGAGUGAUGUUUCCUUUACGAUACAGCGCCAUUGUCACCCUAAGACGUUUUCGAUGCGCAGUAGCGUGUGUUUGGUUUCUGUCAAGCUUCAUCGCUUGCCUGCGUUUGGUAACCAAAGAUCAUGAAGAUACUUACUGGAUCGUAGUUGUUUCUACAGUGUUUUUUAUCCCGGGUAUAAUUAUUUCGUACUGCUAUGUUUGCAUUUUUAAAGAAGCGUCUCGUCAGUCCAGAGCCAUCGGCCAGCAAAGUGGUUCGGCGUUAGCAAAUCAAGUGCACAAUAAAAAGGCUUCCAUAACCAUUGCUAUUGUCAUUGGCGUGUUUUAUUUGACGGCCUUACCAAUUAUUGCCUUUUCAAUAACUGAGGUGACUUCAGAGAAGGACAUGUGCCAAGAGAACAAAGAAUUUGAAUCUUGGGGAACUUGGGCACUUUUCUUCGCUUACUCAAACUCAGCCAUUAAUCCGUGGAUUUACGCUGCCAGGAAAAGUGAAUUUAGAGAGGCUUUAAAAGUGUUAAUGUUUUGGAAGCAAUCUGCGUUUACGAAAGAUCCGUCAAGUCUCCUUGUAGACAACGGAAACUUCUUCACAGGAAAAACAAAAAAUUACCUUUCACCAAAAAUCUUGGAACAUAUGAUGGCUGACGAAGGUUGCCAUGAACUUCCAACAGCAAAGUGGAACGUACUCUUAACAACCGUCCUGGGCCUGCUUAUUUCUUUUUUCGCGUGUACUACAAACGUGUUAAUAGCCAUAGCAGUAUACAAGAAAACGGCUCUACGCUCUUUUACAAAUUAUUUUCUUGCUUCUCUGGCUGUCUGUGACUUCUUUGUCGGGAUCGUUGCUCUGCCGCUCUGGAUCACACGAUCACUCUUAGCGGUCGCCGACGAGGAACAUCCUCUGAGCAUUGCUGUGGACUGCGUUUACGUUUUUUGCGUUGGUACAUCAACAUAUAAUUUGUGUACUGUCAGCUUAGAAAGAUAUGUUGGAGUGAUGUUUCCUUUACGAUACAGCGCCAUUGUCACCCUAAGACGUUUUCGAUGCGCAGUUGUGUCUGUUUGGGUCCUGUCAAGUUGCAUCGCUUGCCUGCGUUUGGUAAUCCAUGAAGAUACUUACUGGAUCAUAGUUGUUUCUGCAGUGUUUUUUAUCCCGGGUGUAAUUAUUUCUUACUGCUAUGUUUGCAUUUUUAAAGAAGCAUCUCGUCAGUCCAGAGCCAUCGGCCAGCAAAGCGAUUCAGCUUUAGCAAGUCAAGUGCACAAUAAAAAGGCCUCCAUAACCAUUGCUAUUGUCAUUGGCGUAUUUUAUUUAACGGCCUUACCAACCCUGGCCUUUGCCAUCAAUGAAGUUGUAUCUCAAGACGGCGCUUCCUGUCAGGAGAAGAAAACACUUGAAUCUUGGGGAACUUGGGCACUUUUCUUAGCUUACUCAAACUCAGCCAUUAAUCCGUGGAUUUACGCUGCCAGGAAAAGAGAAUUUAGAGAGGCUUUAAAAGUGUUAAUUUUUUGGAAGCACGAGUAACUUAUCUGAUUUUUGUAACAGGUAAAUGACUGAAAAGUGAAUGGGAUAUGCAGAACGAGCAAAUACAAGUUAGAUG